AUGAAUUUGCCCCUUUCAGGACGCCAGUUGUGCGAGUUUGACGGCUUGCAGUGCAAUGGAAGCGUCAGUGAAGACGCGUGUCAGCGUCGUAGAGGAGGCCGUCGCAGCGACAGUGGUGACAAGGUGACAGGAGUGUGCAUUGGACCCUGCAUGCGUUGUGACGGCGUCGUCGACUAUUGGCUCGACGAGCGGAGAGUGUGA